CCGUUGCGUUAAUAACCUUCCCCUUCCCCCUCUUAUUCUCCCUCGUUACCACCAUCACCAGAUCACAUUCACUUUUUCUCUCUGCACGAACUAAGAAGAACCCUAAUCCCAUUGGAACUUUUCAGUUUCUCCCCUUCGUCGUCUUCUCUCUACCUCUCUGUUGGUGAUUUGUUGUUCGAUUUCUUGAUAUGGAAUCUGCGGCUUCGGUGGAGGAUCCGAGCGGUGGUGCCGUUGUCGACGAGAAGUACGAAUUCUCGGCGCCGAGGUGGUUUGAUUUUGUGAACGGGGAGACGGAGGAGGAGUCUCGUGGAGCGGAGCUCUGGUUCGAUUCCGCGUUGUGUUACGGACCGUCGCCUUCUGUUCCCAGAAUCAAAGCGAGGAGAUCAUUCAAGGUUGAGAGCAUGUGCAAUUUUAAUGAAGAAGCAGAAAAAAUGGAUAAGGCUAAACCUGAUGCUACAAAUAUUUCUUCGGGAUCGAAACCUCCUUUCUCCGAGACGAAGGAAGUAUCAGGAAAGGCUAUCGAAGUACAUACACUAACUACAAACGAAAUGUCUCACAACACCGCAGAUGGAGAGGAAAGAAGAACAGAAAAUUCUGCAGAUGUUCGAGAAGAUGAAAGUAAACUCAAGGAUGUGGUGACUGAACAGACAGAAAACAAGGAGAACAUUCCUCCUGUUGAUACCGAAGCUUGCACCCCUAAAGUACCAUUGCUUGCGUGUAAAGGACGGAAAGUGAUGGACUCCAAGAAUCGCGAGACAGCUAGGAAGAUAGCUAGUAUGCUGAGGAAUCCGUCUGCGCUGAAGAGCAAAAAACAGUCACAGUUGUCUCAAGCAAAAGGGAUUAAUCAGACAAGUGUUAAGAGGGAAGCAAAUGUAAAAAACAUUACCGGAACUCACAAUUUGGCUCAGGAAAACCAAGCCAUCAAAAGGCAGAAGCUUGAAGGUGGAAGAUCCAGACAGAUUCUAAAUCCAAGACCAACGGCUCUUCCCCACAAGACAAAACAAGGUCUUGUCAAUUCUAGCACAAACUUGUGCCCUUCAGCCGUCAAGCAAACCCAGAAGGAGAAUAGGAAGGUCUAUAUCCGUGAACAAAUCACACCCUUCGUUUCAACUGCGGAAUUGAUGAAAAAGUUCCAAUCAAGUACCCGAGACUUGUCUCUUCCUCAUACCAAAAAUUUGCUAUCACAGGACGGUGCCACUUUCCUUGCCCAGAACCAACCUAGGCUGACACUGACAAGGCCGAAGGAGCCAGAGUUCGAGACGUCUCAGCGGGUUCGUCCCAUUAGAGUUAAGAGUAGCGCAGAGAUUGAGGAAGAGAUUAUGUCAAAAAUUCCGAAAUUUAAAGCCCGGCCUGUGAAUAAGAAGAUUUUGGCUGCUCCAACUUUGUCUGCACCACAAAAAAGUACACCACAUCCUCCGGAAUUUCAGGAAUUUCAUCUGGAGACAAUGGCGAGGGCUAACCAGCAUGUAGAAACAUCUUCUAUAGCCUCAACAGAGGUGUCUAGGCAGCAUAAUGACUGGAGACCUCACCUCACCGAGCCAAAAAGCCCUGCACUCCAAACGAUGCUGAGGGCUCGUCCUACUACAGUCAAAAGUUCCACAGAACUAGAGCAAGAGGAACUCGAAAAGGCGCCGAAAUUUAAGGCAAGACCACUGAACAAAAAGAUAUUUGAAAGUAAAGGAGAGAUGGGCAUCUUUUGCAACACUAAGAAGCAUAUAACUAUACCUCAGGAGUUCCAUUUUGCAACAGACGAGAGGAUUUCCCGGGCCAAUUCAGUUGUAGACUUAUUUGAUAAGCUCUCAUUGAACUCUGAACCAUGCCAUGAAAAUCAUUUACCAAGAAACACCGCUCCAAACCCAUUCCAUCUCCGAACAGAAGAACGAGGUGCUGAAAAAGAGAAGAAGUUUGUGACUGAAAUAAUUCAGAAGCAGAUUGAGGAAGAGAGGGCAAGGGUUCCGAAAGCGAACCCAUAUCCCUACAACCGUAUGAUUAUGGGACUCCUAACAGUUCUCCACAUUUCAAAUCAGAUGCCACCAAAACCGGAACCUAGGCAUUGCACAAAACCAGAACCGUUCCAAUUAGAGAGUCUAGUGAGGCAUGAAGAGGAAAUGCAAAGAGAAAUGGAAGAGAGGAUGAGGAUGGAGAGGGAAGAGGCCCGGAAGAGGGUCUUCAAAGCACAGCCAGUACUAAAAGAGGACCCAAUUCCGGUCCCAGGGAAAGUGAGAAAGCCUCUCACAGAGAUUCAGGAGUUCAACCUUCAUGUAGAGCAUCGUGCCGGCGAGAGGGCAGAGUUUGAUCAAAAAGUCAGAGAGAAAGAAAAGAUGUACAAGAGAUACCGUGAAGAAAGCGACGCCGCACAGAAGGUGGAAGAAGAGAAAGCAUUGAAGCAACUCAGAAGAACAUUGGUUCCUCAGGCAAGACCAGUGCCUAACUUCAGCAAUCCCUUCCUUCCACAAAAGUCGAACAAAGAGAUCACAAAACCAAAGUCACCUAAGCUCAGAGUGAUCAAAAGAACAGAGAGGAGAAAGAUGAUGAUGACUUGUCCAGCCACCACUGCUGCUGCCGCCCAUAUGAGGUAGAAGAGAAACACAGAACAUAUCCGAUUUUAACUUGUUCAAGAACACUUGAACCUCUGAUCCCUGGUUCUCUGUAGUUAUAUAUAGCUAGUAAAUUUUUUUCCCCC